AAAACCGUUCCACCCCUUCCUCUGGUCGUGCUGUACGCUUCGCAGCUAACACACCUUCGUGUCCGGAUAACAGCCGGGUGUCUGUGUUAAAUAACUUUUAUUAAUUCUCUAAGCGAACCCAGCUUUCCAGUUAUCUAUCCAGAGGCCAUGGCUAGCUACCACAAACCCGACGAGAAGACUUUGCAGGGACUUAGAGACAUUGCUAACAAGCUACGAAUCCACUCCAUUAAGGCAACAUGUGCAUCUAACUCUGGCCAUCCCACAUCAUGCUGCAGUGCAGCAGAGCUAAUGUCUGUGCUCUUCUUCCACACCAUGCGCUAUAAAGCUGAUGAUCCUCGUAACCAGUGCAAUGACCGCUUUGUGCUCUCAAAGGGUCAUGCUGCACCUAUCCUGUAUGCUGCCUGGGCAGAAGCGGGUUUCGUGAAGGAAUCUGAUCUGCUCAACCUGCGUAAGCUCGACUGUGACCUGGAGGGGCACCCCACACCAAAACUGGCAUUUGUUGACGUGGCAACAGGAUCUCUUGGCCAAGGUCUCGGGGCUUCUUGUGGGAUGGCCUAUACUGGCAAAUACUUUGACAAAGCCAGUUACCGUGUGUACUGCAUGCUCGGUGACGGUGAGUGUUCGGAAGGCUCUGUGUGGGAGGCCAUGGCCUUUGCCUCCUACUACAAGCUGGACAACCUGGUGGCUAUCCUGGAUGUCAACCGUCUCGGUCAAAGUGAGCCUGCGCCACUGCAGCACGACAUGGAGACCUACCGCAAGCGCUGUGAAGCCUUUGGGUGGAACACAUAUGUUGUGGAUGGGCAUGAUGUGGAGGAGUUGUGUAAAGCUUUCUGGCAGGCUCAGCAGGUCAAGGAUAAACCCACAUGUAUUGUCGCCAAGACCCUUAAAGGAAAAGGACUCAAAAACAUUGAGGAUAUUGAGAACUGGCAUGGGAAGCCCAUUCCUAAGGACAAGUUGGAUGUUCUGAAGGACUUGGAGUCUCAGAUCCAAGUCCCCAACAAGACCGUCUGCCCAGAGCUGCCUAAUGACGAUGUAGCACCAGCUGACCUUAGCCCCAUCUCCCUACCUUCACCCCCAGCAUACAAGAAGGGAGAUAAGAUGGCAACUAGGCAAGCUUAUGGUAUCGCUCUGGCCAGACUGGGUCAGGGAAGUCGGAAGGUGGUAGCCCUUGAUGGAGACACAAAGAACUCCACCUUCUCGGAAUUAUUCAAGAAGGUCUGCCCGGAUCGCUACAUCGAGUGUUUCAUCGCUGAACAAAAUAUGGUAGGAGUGGCCAUUGGAUGUGCCACCCGCGACCGCACUGUUGCGUUCGCCAGCACGUUUGCUGCCUUCUUCUCCAGAGCCUAUGACCAGAUUCGUAUGGGAGCCAUCUCCCAAUCUAACGUCAACCUAGUAGGAUCUCACUGUGGUGUCUCCAUUGGUGAGGACGGUCCAUCCCAGAUGGCCCUCGAGGACUUGGCCAUGUUCCGCGCCAUACCAACAUGCACAGUGUUUUAUCCAAGCGACGCUGUGUCGACAGAGAGGGCUGUUGAACUGUCUGCUAACACAAAGGGAAUCUGCUUCAUUCGUACAAGCAGACCAGCCAAUGCUGUGAUCUACUCUCCAGAUGAGAAGUUCGAAAUUGGUGUAGCCAAGGUGGUGCGCCAGUCUGACAGUGAUGUGGUGACUGUGAUAGGAGCCGGAGUCACUCUACACGAAGCACUGGCUGCUUAUGAUACGCUUAAAAGUGAAGGAAAAAAUAUUUGUGUAAUUGACCCAUUUACAAUCAAGCCAUUGGAUGCCGCCACCAUUUUGUCUUGUGCCAGAGCCACAGGGGGGCAUAUCAUCACAGUAGAGGACCACUACAAGGAGGGUGGUCUCGGUGAAGCAGUGCUGUCUGCAAUGGGAGGGGAGCCUGGCAUCGUGGUCACCCGGCUGGCAGUGACUGGCGUUCCCCACAGCGGAAAGCCUCAGGAGCUUCUGGAUAUGUUCGGCAUCAGUGCCAAGCACAUCGCCAACGCUGUCCGCCAGACUUUUGCAAACUAAAGACUCCCAUCUUCUGAGUUUUCACCACAACUUGCCACAGUGUCCACAACAUUUAACCUCUCUACUGCCAUCUUGUGGCUUUGAAACUGCAGUUCACUAACCCUAUAUCUAUCACAGCUGACAAGAGAGCAGAGUAGUGUUUUUAGCAAAUAACCCAAUAUCUUUGUUCACUUCCACCUGUCAUUCCUGUUCCCAAAGCCUUGUUGAAGAAAUGGACUAACUACUGCAAAAUUAAAUGGUCCAAAUUUUGAUUGUCGCUGAACUCGGACCAUGACUGUUAUUGGCAUUCCCCUUAUUUUAUUUCAAGUCUUUCAAAGCACUGUUACUGCUUGUUAUAUACUGAUCACUGCUGUAGUUUUGGUGACAGCCUUUAAUGUUUUUGCUGUGCUACAGAUGUUUGCGUUACACCAUGAAGACUUUCCACAACAAAUCCUGAUCCCACAGAUGUAUCGAUGCGAAUGGUGUUAAAAGUUUCCAGUCCAACCUGUUAUAGCUGUGAUGUGCUAAAUUAAAAGAAAUUGUGGCUUAACACCUUU